AUGUCAACAACCGCGGUAUCAAUUAAUAACACUAUCAGGCUUAGAGCUGGUAUUGCCGAUUUUAAUGAAGAAACCAAACUUUGUACACCAUUGCCAGUUCAAGGUGAGAUUACUAUUAAACCAAAUGAAGAAGAAGAAGAAUUGGGCUUUUAUGAUUUCGAAUGGAAACCAAUUGAAAAACCUAGUGAUCCGGCCAUCGAAGCAAUUAAUUUGAUUUUGGUGCCAGGUGAAACUUUAUGCAUUCAAAUUGAUUCUUGUAAAAGUGGUAGAGUUUUUUCAUUAGUUUUUUCAUCAAAUCAAACAUAUUUCUUCUGGUUACAAGAAAAGAACCCAUUAGGUUUGAAAAUUAAUGAAUUCAGUGAAAAGGAUAAGGCUAAUUUAGAUAAAAUAAGAGCGAUUUUAAAUUCAAAUGAUGAAGACGAAGAUGAAGAGGAUGACGACGAUGAAGAAGAAGAUGAUGAUGAUGCUAUAGUGGAUGAAAAAGCAGACGUUGAAAUGAAUUGA